UUCAAACAGUGAAAGAAAAAAACAAAAACAGAGAUCGAUAAUUCAAAGAACCUUCCUCUCGAAGCAAGCAAAGCUAAUUAGCUCUGCUUAGAAAGAAAAAUAUAAAUAUAUAUCUUAAUAAACAAGUUACAUUAAAAAUGUUUCUUUUUCUGUUUUAGAGAGAUCAGAAAAAGGAAUGGAGCCCGCAAUGGAAUUGUUUAAUGUUUAUAGUAAAUUGCAGUUUCCAAUAGUCGUCAUUAGCUUAGAGACAAGCAAUCCCUUUUCAAGCCUAAUCACGGCUGCAUAGACUUCUCAAGAAUGAUAUUUACAUUUCUCUUUUUGAUUUUUGAUUAGGGUAUUUUGAUCCCAAAAUGCUAUCCGAUUGUACUGAGUGAGGUGUUCUAAUUACGGUAGUAACAAUAAUCACCAUGGCAGUAGUGAGUCCUGCGGUGAGUCCGAUAAACUUCGGUGAAUAUAGUAGAGGAGGAGUUGCUGGAAACAUGGCGGCAACCAGAGAGAUAGUGGAGGGAAGUGUUUCGCGUGUAAUUGACGAGAAGAUUUAUGUAGCUGUCGGCAAAGAUUUUAAGAAAAACAAAUCACUUCUUAUCUGGGCAUUGCAAAAUUCAGGAGGCAAAAGGAUUUGUGUAGUUCAUGUUCACCAACCUGCUCAGAUGAUUCCUUUGGCCUUGAUGGGCACAAAAUUUUAUGCAAACUCACUGAAAGAAGAAGAAGUUAGGGCUUACAGGGAAAUUGAAAGGAAAGAAAUGUAUGAAAUGCUAGAUGAUUAUCUUCUUAUUUGUCGGCAAAUGGGGGUGCGGCCUGAAAAACUGCAUAUUGAAAUGGAAAGUAUCGAGAAGGGAAUUUUGGAACUUAUCUCCCAGCAUGGUAUUAGGAAGCUUGUAAUGGGAGCAGCAGCAGACAAGCGCUAUUCCAAGAAUAUGAUGGAAAUCAAGUCUAAGAAGGCCCUCUCUGUGUGUCUACAAGCACCUGCUUUUUGUCAAAUAUGGUUUAUAUGCAAGGAGCACCUUAUAUACACAAAGGAAGGUACUUUGGAUGAAAAAGAUACAGAGCUCAGACCGUCUACACAGCAAGCAAGCCCAAAUCCAGAAACUGUACAAUCAAAUCAUUUGAGAUCACAUUCUAUUAACCUCGGGCAGAACAAUCACCCAAAACUCACCAACCCAGUUCAGGAUUUAUUGCGCAGGGCACAUUCUGUGACUUUUGGCCGACAAGGAGGGAAAGUUUCAACUUCUGUUACUCCAGAUGAUGUUGGAGGGCCAUCAACUUCACAGAGCAGGCCAGAUGCAGAAGGUGCUUCAUCUCCAUCAUCUGACGAAUGUGACAUGUUGUCAAGGAGUGCUUCUCAGGGUUCACUUCUUUCAACAUGUUCUUCCAAUGGAACAGCCAAUCUUGGUAUGCUUUCACUUGUUAGAACUGAAGGGAGAAAGCUUGGGUCAGAGUUAAGCACACUGCAUUUGCCUAAAGAGGAUCUUCGUCUUCCAUCGCCUCCCAGUGUAUUGGAGGGAAGUAUAGAGGAUCCUCUUUAUGAUCAACUUGAGCAAGCAUUAGCAGAGGCCGUAAAUUCAAGGCAAGAGGCAUUUGAAGAGGCAGUGAGGCGUGCAAAAGCUGAAAGAGGUGCCGUUGAUGCUAUACGCAGGGCCAAAGCAUCUGAGGGUCUAUAUGCUGAUGAGAUGAGACAGAGGAACGAAAUUGAGGAAGCACUAGCCCAGGAAAAGGAAGAACUUCAAAAGAUGAAGAAUGAGCGGGAUGAAGUCAUGGAAAAACUUUGUACUGCCCUGGAUCAGAAGAAGUUGCUACAGAGCCAAAUUGCAGAAGCUGAUCAGAUGGUAAAGGAGUUGGAGCAAAAAAUCAUCUCCGCCGUGGAACUGUUGCAAAAUUACAAAAAAGAACGAGAAGAAUUGCAGAUGGAGCUUGAUAAUGCACUUAAAGAAGCAGAGGAGCUGCGGAAAAGCCGAGCUGAGGCCUCAAGCUCGCACAUGCCUCAGUUCUUCUUUGAGUUCUCUUACUCCGAGAUUGAAGAAGCAACUUGCAACUUUGAUGAGUCUCUCAAAAUUGGGGAAGGAGGAUAUGGUAGCAUUUAUAAAGGUCUAUUGCGUCACACCCAAGUGGCUAUAAAGGUCCUGCAUUCUCAUAGCUUGCAAGGCCCUGCGGAAUUUCAACAAGAGGUUGAUGUUUUGAGCAAGAUGAGGCAUCCAAAUCUUGUCACUCUCAUUGGAGCCUGUCCGGAAACCUGGACUCUUAUCUACGAAUAUCUUCCCAAUGGAAGCCUUGAAGACCGACUGAGCUGCCGGGGUAAUUCUCCUCCUUUGUCUUGGCAAACUCGAAUACGCAUUGCUACUGAGUUAUGUUCCGUGCUUAUCUUCCUGCACUCUAGUAAACCACACAGCAUAGUGCAUGGUGAUCUGAAACCUGCUAAUAUCCUCCUUGAUUCCAAUUUCGUGAGUAAACUAAGUGACUUUGGAAUCUGUCGUCUACUUUCUCAAACUGAAGACUCGAGCAACAACACGACAAUAUGUUGCAGAACUGAUCCCAAAGGCACUUUUGCAUACAUGGAUCCUGAGUUUCUUGCUUCAGGAGAGCUUACUCCAAAGUCAGAUGUUUAUUCGUUUGGUAUUAUAUUGUUAAGGUUGUUGACUGGAAGACCAGCCUUGGGUAUAACAAAGGAGGUGCAGUAUGCAUUAGAUAAAGGAAACUUGAAGAUCCUCCUGGAUCCUUUGGCCGGAGACUGGCCAUUUGUGCAGGCUGAACAAUUAGCCCACUUGGCAUUAAGGUGCAGUGAGAUGAACAGAAAGAGCAGGCCAGAUCUUGUAUCAGAAGUAUGGAGGGUGCUUGAACCAAUGAAAGCUUCAUGUGGAGGCUCCUCAUGUUUCCAGCUUGGUUCAGAAGAGCAUUGCCAGCCUCCUCCAUAUUUUAUAUGUCCCAUUUUCCAGGAAGUAAUGAGAGAUCCACAUGUAGCAGCAGAUGGUUUUACAUAUGAAGCGGAAGCUCUAAGAGGAUGGCUGGACAGCGGACAUGAUACUUCACCUAUGACGAACCUUAAGCUUGCACACAGCAAUCUUGUCCCCAACCAUGCGCUUCGAUCAGCAAUUCAGGAGUGGCUGCAGGAGCAAUAAAAAUUAGUAUGAGAUUCUAUUUCUGUUCAAUAGGUUCAGUAUAUAGUUGUACACCUUUAGGCUACGGCCAAAAGAAAUGCCACUGCAUUUUUUUAGCUUCUUCUCUUUGUUGUAUCGUGAGAUUAGGGAUGGGAUCAGAGAAACCAUAGCUCUUCGUUCACUGUAUAGAGGACAGCAGAUACAUAGCUUGAAAUUCGGAAGGUAUUUGUUUCAUAAAUUUAUAAAAUGAAAGCUUUACAGGGUUAACAUGA